AUGCCGACCCUAAUAGGGAAACCAGUCAGCCAGAAUGGACUUGGUCUCAUGCGUCUCACUUGGAAAGACGAUGUUACUCCGGACGAGAAAGCCUUCAAGGUCCUGAAGGCUGCUCUCGCGGCAGGAGUGAAUGUCUGGAAUGGUGCCGACUUCUAUGGCACGUCGGACAACAACUCCCUACAUCUGGUGAACCGCUAUUUCACUGCAUACCCGGAAGAUGCGGAUAAGGUUGUUCUUACCAUCAAGAGUGGCAUUGUGGAUAUGCGAACCUUCACCAUGGAUUGCUCGCCAGCUGGAGUCCGAAACUUCGUGGACCGCGCCAAUGCCAUUCUCGACGGCAAGAAGAAGAUAGAUCUCUUUGGCUGUGGACGAGUUGAUAAGAACGUGCCCAUUGAGGAGACUGUCGGUGCACUGGCAGAAUUAGUCCGAGAGGGAAAGAUCGGUGGUAUCCAAUUGAGCGAAGUGAGCGCCGCUACCAUCCGUCGCGCGGCCAAAGUCGCCAAGAUCGACAUGGUUGAAGCCGAGAUCAGUCUGUGGGCAACAGACGUGUUUGAGAAUGGGGUCGCCGAGGCUUGUGCAGAGUUGAAUAUUGCAAUGGUAGCGCAUACGCCUUUAGGCGCUGGAAUGCUCACGGGUCAGAUUAAGAGUCUGGAUGAUAUGCCGGCGAACGACUACCACCGCUUCUUCCCGCGCUUCCAGCCCGGGAACUUUGACACCAACCUGAAACUGGUGGAGAAACUGAAACAGCUUGCCGAGAAGAAACAGUGCACUGCUGCGCAGCUGGCGCUCUGCUGGGUCAAGGCUCAGAGCUCUAGGCCCGGGAUGCCGUUUAUCAUCCCUGUCUUCGGGGCCCGGGCGGAGGCGAGGGUUGCUGAAAAUGCGACACACAUCGACUUGUCGAGUGCAGAUCUGGAGGACAUCAAGGCUAUUUUGGAUAGCUUCCCGGUAGCAGGAGGCAGAUACCCGGCAGCGGCUGCGAAGCUUACCGAGUAUUGA